ACAGGCGAGAUGUGGAAAAAUAUCUGAUUUCUUUCUGCAUCUCUCUGUUGCUUUUUUCCAUCACCUCUCCACAUUCAUGGAUUCCAUUAUUUUCGCACAAUUUCCCUCUGUUUUUUCACUUUCAGGAGCAGAUCCACUCGUUCACGGCUGCAGUUUACCCUGCGUCCUUACCUGCUACACUCGCUCUCCCCUCCCAAAUCCGUCGGUUACUAUUUCCACCACCAAACGGAGGCGGCCUGAAUCACGACGCCCGCUUCUCGCCACCGCCGGCGCCACCAAUUCGGCUCCCGAAAGAGAGAGAACCUACAAUGUAGGUGAGUUUAUGACAAGAAAAGAGCAAUUGCAUGUUGUAAGGCCAACAACUACUGUCGAUGAAGCUUUGGACACCCUUGUGGAGAAAAGAGUUACUGGAUUUCCUGUGGUUGAUGAUGAUUGGAAGUUGGUCGGUGUGGUUUCCGACUAUGAUUUGUUGGCACUUGACUCCAUCUCAGGUGGUGGUGAACAAGAUAGUACAAAUUUGUUUCCAGUUGUCGGUAGCACUUGGAAAACAUUUAAUGAAGUUCAGAAGUUACUCAGUAAAACUAAUGGGAAGGUUGUUGGUGACGUAAUGACUCCUUCCCCCCUAGUUGUGCGUGAAAACACCAAUCUUGAGGAUGCGGCGAGGUUAUUGCUUAAAACAAAGUAUCGUCGGUUACCUGUAGUAGACAUUGAAGGAAAGCUGAUUGGUAUUAUUACCAGGGGAGAUGUUGUCAGGGCGGCUCUUCAGAUAAAACAGGCUGCCGAGGAAAUUUGAUCACUCUUCACCACUGCUUGUCUAAGCAUGAGUGAAAAUAACACGUACACGUGCUUGAUUGUCUAGCCAUAUUACUGGUUGAACUGAAGUGGUACUCUCUGUGAUGUAGUGGCUGAUUACUCCAUAAAAGGACAGCUGCAGUGAAUAUGGCACAAUGAGGUAAUAUGUAGUAUAAUGUAUAUGUAUCGGUGACGCCCCAAAACCGAGUACUUCAUUCUUGCCCGGCUUGUAUAUUUAGAUUUCGUAUUCUUGUUUGCAUGUGGUGGUGGUGAGAAUCCAGAAUUGUAGUGAGAUUGAGAUCAAUAGGUAGACUUUCUGUGUCCUCAUGGGCUGGGCUUCUGCUGCCCUUAUAGCUGUUGUAAUAGACAUUUAUUAGGCUAAAUUUUUUGGGGGUAAAUUAUUAGCAUACAACAAUCACUGUUUCCCUAAUUCAUAAUAUUCAGAAUUGUAGUGAGAUUGAGAUCAA